AUGCGUAUUGAUGGGGCAAAAGAGUUGGGAUCGGCUCCGAGCUUUUUAUGGCGCAGUUUGUGGGAAUCUCGUAAGCUUUUGAAAGCGGGUCUUUAUUGGAGGAUUGGAACUGGUGAUAAUGGGUUGGUGCGGAGUGAUCCAUGGCUCCCUUCGCAUCAGUCCUCUAUGGUUACCACUGCUCGACCAGAUAAUUUACAACUGAAUUUAGUUUCGGAGCUCAUUAUUUCAAAUGGAUGGAAUGAACCUUUGCUUAAUUCCCUUUUUAAUGCAGCAGAUAGAGCGGCUAUUCUGGCCCUGCCGUUGAGUGUGUUUCCUUCAUCGGAUCGCAUAGCUUGGAAGUUUGAUGCUAAAGGAAAAUACAGAUCAAGACAAAGGAGAGUCCCGGUUGCGAAUGUUUGCCCUGUCUGCCAUGGGUGCUCUGAGUCCGUGAUGCAUGUGUUAGUGACGUGCCCGGUUGCGAGAAAUUGUUGGCUAGCGUCUAAUAUUGGAUGGCAGACUCCCACCGUCUUGACCUUUAAAGAUUGGCUUCUGGCUGUUUUCCUUCCGGCAAGGGCCGAGGAUGCAUCGUUGUUGGCGCUGGUGCGUUGGUCUUUGUGGCAGAACCGGAACGAUGUCAAUUGGAACAAUCGGUGGUCGUCACCUCUGCGGAUUCUGUCUCGUGCCCAGGUGAUGUUGAGUGAUGGCGUCCGAGCUCAUUUGCGGGUUAAUCCUAAUGUAGUGUGUCUGUGGGUUCUAAUAUUUGGACACGACCAAGAGAAGGGUGGUGGAAGUUGA